AUGGAUGGACAGGACAGCGAAAGUAGGAAACUAAAGGUGGCUGACGCCUACAGAGGAAUUCACAUGAACAUGUUCCGGUAUCGAUGGUUAGAGGCAAACAUCACAGGCCAUUACUGUAAAAUUUUAGGGAAGAAGGGCGUGUUUGAAAAGGUAGUGGACAUGACUGUAGCAAUUGGCAGAACAGACAUUGAAGACUUAGACCUCUAUGCUACAUCUCGGGAAAGGCGGUUUCGUUUGUUUGCCUCUAUAGAAUGUGAAGGGCAGUUAUUCAUGACUCCGUAUGAUUUUAUUUUGGCUGUUACAACAGAUGAGCCCAAACUUGCUAAAACAUGGAAGUCACUUUCCAAACCGGAAUUAAAUCAAAUGCUCUCAGAAACACCACCAGUUUGGAAAGGAUCAUCAAAGCUAUUUCGAAACCUUAAAGAAAGAGGUGUGAUUUCUUACACAGAAUAUCUUUUUCUCUUGUGUAUUUUAACAAAGCCUCAUGCAGGGUUUAGAAUAGCUUUCAACAUGUUCGACACUGAUGGCAACGAGAUGGUGGACAGAAAGGAGUUUUUGGUGCUUCAAGAGAUAUUCAGGAAAAAAAAUGAAAAGAGAGAAACUAAAGGAGAUGAAGAAAAGCGUGCAAUGCUGCGUCUUCAACUGUAUGGAUACCAUUCACCUACUGAUAGUGUACUUAAACCAGAUGCUGAGGAACUUGUCUCCAGAAGCUACUGGGAUACAUUGAGACGUAAUACAAGCCAAGCACUGUUUUCAGACCUCGCAGAGCGUGCUGAUGACAUUAUGAGUUUGGUAACAGAUACCACACUUCUUGUACACUUUUUUGGAAAGAAAGGAAAAGCUGAGCUCAACUUUGAAGAUUUUUAUAGAUUCAUGGAUAACCUCCAAACAGAAGUUUUAGAAAUAGAAUUCCUUUCCUACUCUAAUGGAAUGAAUACCAUCAGUGAAGAAGAUUUUGCUCAUAUUCUUUUACGAUAUACAAAUGUGGAAAAUACAUCCGUAUUUUUGGAAAAUGUGCGUUACAGUAUAGCUGAAGAAAAGGGCAUCACAUUUGAUGAAUUCAGGUCAUUUUUCCAGUUUUUGAACAACCUAGAAGAUUUUGCAAUAGCCUUGAAUAUGUAUAACUUUGCAAGUCGUUCUAUAGGGCAAGAUGAAUUUAAGCGUGCUGUCUAUGUGGCUACUGGUCUCAAACUUUCACCACAUUUAGUGAACACAGUCUUCAAGAUUUUUGAUGUUGACAAAGAUGAUCAAUUAAGUUAUAAAGAAUUUAUUGGAAUUAUGAAAGACAGACUCCAUAGAGGAUUUCGGGGUUAUAAAACAGUUCAGAAGUAUCCCACUUUCAAAUCCUGUCUGAAGAAGGAACUGCAUAGCAGAUAAGUUCUUGUAAAGCAAAGUUUAAAGAAUUUAUCUACAUAACAAAUGCAAGAAGCAGUAAUUUCAGAAAACAGAAAUGAAGGAAAAGGUGAAAUGCUAAUUAUAUUUUUUCUUGAACUGAAUUCUUGAAUAUAAGACAGAUAAAAUGCAUCUUCAUACUAACUACAAAUGCUGUAUGUUAUCUGGCUAAGCUCUUGCCUUGAUUUACUGAACUUUGCACUUUUUCAUUCCUUUCAGAAGUACAUAGAUACUUCCACUGACUAUAUAAGAAUGUAUUUUAAAUAUUUUAAAAUUUAUUAGAAAUUUGCCUAACCUCAAAAUAAUGUAUGACUCCUGGAAUCUAGAUCACUUAAAAAUGAACAGUGACAUUUUUUUUUUGGUUUUAGACUGUGAACUUAUUUUAAGAAAAUGAAUAUUCCUUAAGAUUUAGCUUUGGGACUUAGAAUUGUUGAUAAAUCCCUAUUAUUUAUCUAAUGUUCAGUUACAUUGAAAGUGUUCUGAAAAACAAAUAGAAAUUAAAAUACUAUACAAUAUAAUGAUUUACACUGUACUUUUAUCUUUU